AGCAGAAAAGUAGAAAAGUUGUUCCGUUGAUACAUCUCACGUAUAUCAAGUAAAAAUAUAUUGUCGAACAAGAAUAAUCAAUAAUUUCUAAGAAGCACCAGCGAACAGACGUGCUCUAAAUAUCGUAUAAAUUAAUACACAAUUUCUUCGCCUUCAACGAAGUUCUUUAAACCGGUGGUGUGAACACUGAACACAGACACACCAAAGCUAAACUGUUUUUUUUGUGCUCCUCCGAGGAAAACCAAACGAAAGAAAGGAGAAAAAGUGCCGCGGCUAGCAAAAGAGCCAAGAGAAAAAGUGAAAACUAAGCAAAGACCAAGAAACAGAGAAAGAAACAUGGCAAGUGCAGAGCAAAAACACGCCACGGGAAGCAACGGCACAGCCAAGAACGCCAACAACAAAAUCAACAGCGCUCUCACCGAGCAGGAGCAGCCCAAGGAUGCCAAGGAUCUAUUGCCUCAUCUGGAGUCGCUGGAGCGCAUUAUCAAGUUGCCGGUGGUGAAUGCAGCCUGGGACAAAUCGCAGGAUGUCUACGGCAAAGUUAAAGGCAAGAAUCGCGUCUUCGAAUGGGCGCUGACGGCAGCCGAGGAUUGCGUGACCCGCGCGGUGACAACGGCGGCGCCGUUUGUGACUAAAUUGGAUCGCCCGAUCUCGUUCGUGGACCAGACCCUCGUCAAGGGCAUCGAUAAGCUGGAGGUGAAGGCGCCCAUCAUCAAGGACACACCCCAAGAGAUCUACAACCAGGCCAAGAGCAAGGUGAUCGAUGUGGUGCAGCCGCACCUGGAGCGCGUGGUCAAGUUCAAGGCUGCCGGCCAACAGAAGGCCGCCUCCCUCAAGGAUCUCGCCUGGCAGAAGGCCAACGAGGUGCUGGCCACCCAAUACGGCAGCCUGGCCGUCAAUGGUGUGGACACCACCACAGCCCUGGCCGAGCGACUCCUGGAGUACUAUUUCCCCAAGAGCGAGUCGGACGUGGAAGAGGAUAAUGAUGAUAAACAAAAUGCCGUCGCGCAUAAUGGCAAGAGUUCCGAAAAUGACAUGCCAGUUUCCGCCAGCGAGGAUCCAGUCUUACACACAGUCCAGACCGUUGGCCGACUAUCCAACAAGAUCUCUCGUCGCGUCUAUCGAAAUGUCUCCCGGCAGAUCAAGCAGGUCCAAAAGGGCAACAUCAACGACUAUCUGAGCUCCCUGAUAGCCGCACUCAAGCUGCAUCAGUACAUCAACUUUAUCAACUCAUCGAUGGGCACAAAUGUCGAGCAGUCGACACUUGGGGAAACCUGUUCGCCGUAUGGAACAAGCAGCAGCAGCACCGCCACCACCACCACCACCACUGCUGCAGCUGCAACCAGCUCGAACUCCAAGACCAACGCGGCGGCGGCAGCGGCAGCGGCGUCCAAGCCGAAGGUUGCCAAGAGCAAACCAACUUCCACCCAGCCGAUUCAGUAGGGAUUCUGUUGGAGAAGGAGUUGGAGAAGUUACUCCGGACGGAUACCAUUUGCUGGAGCCCAGUUAUUUCUAUAUCUAUAUGCUAGAUAUGUGCAUAAAAUUAACCCACAGCCACGCCCACGCACCCAAAACACCCCCACAUGCCGCCCAUUUUUGUAUUUCUUUUAAUCUUUUUUUUUUGCCAAUUUUUUUUCCCAAUUAAAAACUGUCCAAGAAAAUUGUGGAUGGUGAUCGGAUCAAGAAAGUGGAAAAGGUUUUUGCUAACUAAUUUUAGACUGUUAUCCCCAGCCCCCAACCCCAACCCCCACCCCACCCCGCCAAUGUUUGCUUUGUAAAUAUUUAUUUGAAGUAACCCUCACACACACACACACACCACACACACACAUACACGAUACACAUAUAUACAUACAUAUAUAUGCUCUAUAGAAAGCUUAAGUUUUAGUUCUUAAGGCAACGAAAGAAAUUCUUACAUUUUUUUUUGUAUUUUUUUCACUUUUAGCUGUGCUAAAUUCGAGCGGGUAAAACUCGCUCUGAGUGCCACGUAUGCAUUGAAUAAAGAAUAAAUGAUAAAUGAGGUGCCCAUGUGCACAUAUGUAUACCCGAUAGCCAUUUGUGCCCUAGCUAUAUGCGUACUCGUAGUAACUAAUUCUACUUUCAUUGAAGUUGGCUGGGAGCCCAGCCAGCUGAUGCCUAAUUGUAGCUGAAUAUGGAUUAUGCACAUUACGCACACAUUAUUUUGUAGCCACGUAUGGAGAAUGCAGCCAUAAAGUCCGCUCUUAAUAAUUAUGAUAAUUAUAAUGUUAAAAUAUUAAUAAAACAAGCAACGUAAAACUGGAACGAA